AUGGUCCGUGGUUGCAAAAUGGUGCGGAAUAUCCCUGUGGACGUGAAGGGUGUCAUGGAGGGUCCAAAGUUUCGAGAACCUUAUGCUCCUUACGUUCAGCCAGUGUCCACAAAUAGGAAAAACAAGAUCAGAUGA